AUGAUCCUACUCAGAGACUGUCUUUUGUUCGCUGGCGCUGCUACCCUAUGCGUAGCCCAAACCACCAUCACUGUCAAUGUCGGCACUAGAUUUCAACAAAUUGACGGCUUCGGCUUUUCGCAAGCAUUUGGAAGAGCCAGGGAAUUCCAAAACGCCAAUGCAAAUGCGCAGAAGCAAGCUCUUGAUCUUCUGUUCAGCACCAGCACCGGUGCCGGCUUCAGCAUCAUCCGCAACCGCAUCGGAUCGGGCGGUGCAGGCGACAGCAUCGAACCGAACAACCCCGGCUCUCCAUCCGCCACGCCAAAUUACAUAUGGGACAACAAUGAUAGCGGCCAACUAUGGUUCACACAACAGGCCGUCUCGUAUGGCGUCAAAACUAUUUAUGCCGAUGCAUGGGGUGCCCCUGGAUUCAUGAAGACAAGCGGCUCAGACUCGUCCCCUGGCUAUCUCUGUGGCACCACGGGCCAUUCCUGUUCCUCAGGGGAUUGGAGACAAGCUUAUGCAAACUUUCUAGUGCAAUACGUCAAGUACUACGCAGCAGCAGGCUAUAACAUCACACACCUGGGAUUUCUAAACGAGCCAGACUUCCAGACGACAUACUCUCAAAUGCAGAUCAGUUCGAACGCUCAAGAAGCCAUCUCGUUUAUCCCCAUUCUGUCUAACACGGUGAAGUCAGCGGGCCUCAGCACCAAGCUCACCUGCUGCGACGCGGUUGGAUGGACGACUCAGAGCACCUACACAACUAACCUUGUCAAUGCCGGGUCAACUCAGUAUCUAAGCGUGAUCACCUCCCAUUCUUACAGCGCAGAUGCUACUUCGCCUCUCAGCCAGACAUCACUGCCGAAAUGGAACACGGAGGGGGGCCCUAGCACGCCGUUUGUCAAGACGUGGUACGGCAAUGGAGGGACAAACGAGGGCUUCACGUGGGCCAACAAACUUGCCGUUGCCAUGGUCAACGCACAGCUCUCAGCGUAUCUGUUCUGGGAAGGCUUCGAGAUUCAGCAGUCGCAGUCCGGCAGCCACUUGAUCGAUGCACUCGACGCGCAGACGGCUACCCCGUCGGGUAUCUUUUGGGCAUUUGCCAUGUGGUCUAGAUACAUUCGACCAGGCGCUUACAGAGUAGCAACGUCGGGAUCCCUUUCCAAUGUCAUUGUCGGUGCCUUCCAGAACACCGAUCACUCCGUUGUCGUCGUCUUCACAAACAGCGGAACGUCCGCGCAGUCGGUCAGAGUGUCGUUCAGCGGCUUCACGCCGACCUCCGCCGCUGCAUAUGUCACUGAUAACAGUCACACCUUCUCAGCCAUGUCUGCGGGACUCUCUGGUGGUGCCAUCACAGUAUCCGUGCCCAGCAGGGGGGUUGUCACGGUGAAGCUGUCUUGA